AUGGAGAGCCUCAAGCCUACGGAUACGCUCGCUGCGCAAACUCUGACCCUAGAUCUGGAAAUGAUUGUUCAGAUUUGUAACACAAUGAUGGAGUACUACGAAACGUAUGAGAAUCUGAGGCCGACGUCCUGGACCUUGGUCAUGGACUUGUUGAAACCGGAGCUCAAGCCUCGCGAAGAGGUCUAUUAUCCUCAGGGAAAAUUCAAAUAUUUCUCGGUCAGCAGCCUGCUCGGUGUUGGCGGGUUUGGUGCUGUCUAUAAGGCCUACUUCGGAAACAUCCUGUGCUGUUUGAAAUUCGUGCCCCCACAUAUGAUGCCCUCUAUGAAGCACGCACUUGCGGACAAACAAGUUGCGAGUAUGAUCAAUCACCCUUGUUUGGUGAAGUACUUCACGACGUUCAUGACUAACGACGCCUUCGUCACCUGCAUGGAAUAUAUCCAGGGUACAGAUCUUACGAAAUUACUCAAGGAAGCUGGCUACGGUCUCCCUUCAGGAUUAGUGCGACUGAUCGCUUCGCAGUUGGGUCUCGCUGUGCAGCACCUUCAUUUCAAGGGUUUCAUCCACCGCGACAUCAAGCCGGACAACAUUAUGAUUCUCUGUGGUGGUCGCAUUAAACUCAUUGACUUCGACACCUGCAAAGUAUCGAUGGGAAAAUACUCAAGAAAAUACAUGCCAACAUUCAAUGAGAAAACCGGUUUCGAAUUCUCGACGAGCGAAGUGGCCGGCACACUGAACUACAUGCCUCCUGAAGCUUUCCAUGAGACUGGUCUAGGUAGAUCCACUGACUGGUGGGCUAUCGGUGUCGUGACCUAUGAAAUUGCGACCGGCUCUCAACCUUUCCGGGGCUUCACCGAGGAACAAGUACGACCUCAGAUCGUGAGAGCGAGGUACUCUUGGCCCGCGACCCGAUACUGGAAUCAGUAUCUGGUGCAAUUCGUUGCAGAUUGUCUCACGGUUGACCCGACCGCCAGAUUAUGCUCUGCGAGGUACUCAGACUUCCAGAGCCACCCUUAUUUUGACGGGAUUGAUUUCCACUCGGUGGAAACAGCUCCGGUUCUGUACGACUUUCCUUUGAUCGACGAAGUUAUCGGUCGGACGCCCGCUCAUUUGACGGACGGAAUCGUGUAUAACUCGCCUCAGAGUGAAUGCAAGAGAUUGCGUCUAUUCCCGCAAAUGGACUUCCAGGAUCUCGAGGAUCAGGAUGGCAUCUAUUGUUAUUCGUCGCCCGGCUUCAUCCGAUGCAUCGAGGCCUAUUGUAGGAAUGAAGUGCCCACCUACGAAGAUAUUUAUGAGGAUCAGGAGUUCCUGGAUGUCGAGGACGAUUACAGCGUCCCGUAUGUUUUCGUGAAUUUGCUCGCUGAGUCUAAGGCCGAUAGCAAGAGGCCUUCCAUCGCACUGAGUCCCGAGGACGCACUGUCGGGAAAACCCGCCGUCAUUACGAAGAAAUUUGGCUCGUUCGUCAAGAAGACGAUCGUCAAAGACAAGGGACCUAAACUCUCUAGAGCUGCUGCCCGAACAAGCCGCGCCGCUAAGAAGUUGUCGCCACCGACAAGUGACCGUCAAGAGCAGCUGAGAAAACUCAAGACCGUCGAAGGGGCUACCAUUCUUAUUGUGCCUGAAUGA